GGAGGACGGUGGCUGCCGCGGCUCAGUUCCGUGUGUGCGGAGUUGUUGGCGAACCUUGAGGCAGGAGGAUCUGGGGGAGCGCAGCCGUCGCGAGGUCUGUCUGGAGGUUGCAGCGAGGAGGCAUGAUCGUGAACGGCCUCUCCCUGUGCUACAGCGACAAACUCAUCCUGGCCCCGAUGGUUCGCGUGGGGACUCUGCCAAUGAGGCUGCUGGCCCUGGACUAUGGGGCGGACAUUGUGUACUGUGAGGAGCUGAUUGACCUCAAGAUGCUUCAGUGCAAGAGAGUUGUCAAUGAGGUACUGAGCACUGUGGACUUUGUCACCCCUGAUGACCGGGUGGUCUUCCGCACCUGUGAGAGAGAGCAGAGCAGGGUCGUCUUCCAGAUGGGAACCUCUGAUGCGGAGCGCGCCCUCGCCGUGGCCAGGCUUGUAGAAAAUGAUGUGGCUGGUAUUGACGUCAAUAUGGGCUGUCCAAAAGAGUAUUCCACCAAGGGAGGAAUGGGAGCUGCUCUGCUGUCUGACCCUGACAAAAUCGAGAAGAUCCUCAGCACUCUUGUUAAAGGAACACGCAGACCCGUGACCUGUAAGAUUCGCAUCCUGCCCUCGCUGGAAGAAACCCUGAGUUUGGUGAAGCGGAUCGAGAGGACAGGCAUUGCUGCCAUCACAGUCCACGGGAGGAAGCGGGAGGAACGACCUCAGCACCCCGUCAGCUGUGAGACCAUCAGAGCCAUUGCUGAGAGCCUGUCCAUCCCUGUCAUUGCCAAUGGCGGGUCUCAUGACCAUAUCCAGGAGUUUUCGGACAUCGAGAACUUCCGCCAGGCCACGGCAGCCUCCUCGGUGAUGGUGGCCCGCGCGGCCAUGUGGAACCCGUCCAUCUUCCUCCGGGAGGGACCACGGCCACUGGAGGAGGUCAUGGAGAAGUACAUCAGAUACGCGGUGCAGUAUGAGAACCACUACACCAACACCAAGUACUGCCUGUGCCAGAUGCUGCGGGAACAGCUGGAGUCGCCCCGGGGACGGUUGCUCCAUGCCUCCCAGUCUGCCCAGGAAAUCUGUGAGGCCUUCGGCCUGGGUUCCUUCUACGAGGAGACCACACGAGAGCUGGGAGCCCGGCGUGCUGAGCUCCUGGCCAGGACCCCUGAGGAGGCCGGGGAACCUGCUGGAGACACCCCUGGCAUCACUAAGAUGGCUGUCAAGUUUGACCGGAGGGCAUACUCACCCCAGAUCACCCCCAAGAUGUGCCUGCUGGAGUGGUGCAGGAGGGAGAAGUUGGCCCAGCCCGUGUAUGAGACGACUCAGCGCCCUCUGGACCGCCUCUUCUGCUCCGUCGUGACUGUUGCUGAACAGAAGUACCAGUCCACCCUGUGGGACAAGUCCAAGAAACUGGCGGAGCAGGCUGCGGCCAUCGUCUGUCUGCGGAGCCUGGGCCUCCCUGAGGGUCGGCUGGGUGAGGAGAGCCCCUCUUUGCACAAGCGCAAGCGGGAGACUCCUGACCAAGACCCGGGGGGGCCCAGAGCCCAGGAGUCAGCCCUGCCUGGGGAGUUAUGCAAGAAGCCUUUUGUGGCCUUGAGGGACGGUGAAGAGAGUCCCCUGGAAGGCCGGUGACCACGGCCCCGCCCUGGUCACCUCUGCAGGGGCCAGUGCGUGGAUCUGAACCAGAUGCCAUAGGACAACUUGUUGGCCCUGCCAGGCAUGAGUUAAGGGGUCCUGACCUGGCCCUCCAGUGGAGCCCGAACCAAGGGGGUCCCGGGAUGCCCAUCUCCCUGGGAGGAGCUGGGAGGCAGGUCACAUGCCGACACAUCUCAGUGUUUUCUCUGCAAAUAGUGUUCAGGUGUCGCCUCGCCUACUUGACAUCAGUACAGU